UCCAUUGAUUGAACUCUAAGAAGUCCAAACACAGGAGAUCUAGGCCAAGUACUCUCUGUUCAGUCUCCACUUCUCACCAACCAACCUUUCUCUUCCUUCUCUUCAAUGGCUGCCUCUUCACUUCUCCAAUCUCCCCACUUUAGCCCUUACUUCAACUCCAAACCCAAAACCAGACGCACUCAUUUUUAUGUUAAAGCCUCGUCAGCUUCCGAUCCCUCUAACAUUACAAUCACCUCAACCUCCGGUGCCAGAGGUUGCAACAUACGCGACGAGGCUCGCCGCCACAAUCUAACAAACCCACAACCCGAUCACAACUUCUCCGCUAAAUAUGUCCCGUUUAACGGGGGACCCUCUUGCACGGAAUCCUACUCUCUCGAUGAGAUCGUUUACCGGUCUCAGUCCGGUGGCCUCCUCGAUGUCCAACAUGACAUUUCCGCUCUCAAGGCCUUCUCUGGUUCCUACUGGCGAAACCUUUUCGAUUCUCGGAUCGGGAAAACCACCUGGCCUUAUGGAUCCGGAGUUUGGUCGAAAAAGGAAUGGGUUUUACCGCAAAUAUCAAGUGAUGAUAUUGUUAGCGCUUUUGAAGGGAACUCAAAUUUAUUCUGGGCGGAGAGAUAUGGAAAGCAGUUUUUGGAUAUGAAUGACUUGUGGGUCAAACAUUGUGGGAUUAGUCAUACUGGUAGUUUCAAAGAUUUAGGAAUGACAGUGUUGGUGAGCCAAGUUAAUAGAUUGAGGAAAAUGAACAAACCAUUAGUUGGAGUUGGCUGUGCUUCCACUGGUGAUACCUCUGCUGCUCUUUCUGCUUACUGUGCUGCUGCUGGUAUUCCCUCUAUUGUUUUUCUACCAGCUAAUAAGAUUUCCAUGGCACAAUUAGUGCAGCCUAUUGCUAAUGGGGCUUUUGUUUUGAGUGUUGAUACUGAUUUUGAUGGUUGCAUGCAGUUAAUAAGAGAGAUUACUGCUGAGUUGCCAAUUUAUUUAGCAAAUUCAUUGAAUAGUUUGAGAUUAGAAGGGCAAAAAACUGCUGCAAUUGAGAUUUUGCAGCAGUUUGAUUGGGAAGUGCCUGAUUGGGUUAUUGUUCCCGGUGGUAAUUUGGGGAAUAUAUAUGCUUUUUAUAAAGGUUUUUAUAUGUGUAAAGAGUUGGGGCUUGUUGAUAGGAUUCCUAGGCUAGUUUGUGCACAAGCUGCAAAUGCUAAUCCACUUUAUUUACAUUACAAGUCAGGAUGGAAAGACUUCAAAUCUAUCAAAGCAAAUAAUACAUUUGCAUCUGCUAUUCAGAUUGGUGAUCCUGUUUCUAUUGAUAGAGCUGUUUAUGCAUUGAAAAAUUCAAAUGGGAUCGUGGAGGAGGCUACUGAGGAGGAGCUAAUGGAUGCAAUGGCCCAAGCUGAUUCUACUGGUAUGUUUAUAUGUCCUCAUACAGGGGUGGCAUUGACAGCAUUGAUUAAGCUGAGGAAUAGUGGGGUUAUAAAACCUACAGAUAGGACAGUGGUAGUGAGUACUGCUCAUGGAUUAAAGUUUACCCAGAGUAAGAUCGAAUAUCACUCAAGCGAAAUCAAGGACAUGGCUUGUAGGUUUGCUAAUCCGCCUGUGAGUGUCAAGGCUGAUUUUGGGUCAGUUAUGGAUGUUUUGAAGAAGUAUUUGCUGAGCAAAGAAUCAAAGUAUUAGGUUGAUCAAUGGGCAUUUUAAGUCAUUGGUGUUAUCAUUUGGUAUUGAAUGUUUCUUGAUGGGAUUUUCACUUUCUGUUAUUCUGUAGCUUUUAGAAGAUGGAAACUACAUUUUUGGUAAAGUAGCCAAUUUUAGAGGAGGUUUUCACUCCUCAUCAUUUGGAUUAAUGAAAUAUUUGCUCGAAGCAGCAUUUAUUUACUUUAUGUAUUCUUAAGUUUGUUUUUUGCUUUAGGCUGGCAGCUUGCUGGGUAAUGAAUGCCGGUAGUUCAAAUAA